GUUGUGGCUAGAUCCGGAAGUUUACCCCAAGUGAAAACAGAAAAACAUGGCGGGGGACACUUUAACGGAGCUUCUUUUUCUGGAUACGUUCAAACAUCAAAGUGCAGAGCUGACCAAUGUGGAUGUGGUGCGGUUCCCGUAUGGGGUCCUGAUCACAGAGGUGCGMGUCAUUCCCCCUGGAAUUAAAGCACACACCAGCCUGCCAGACAACCGGGCAUUYGGGGAGACAUCGCCUCAUUCCUUCCAGCUGGAGCUUUUCUUCAACAACCUCACUAAACCCAGCAACGCCUGCUUCCACAGACUGGGCAGUUUUGAAUAUGACGAAAACAAGUCCAUCGUUUUCAGGCCCAAUGGAAAGGUGAACACAGAUGGACUGGUGCUGCGUGGAUGGUACACCAGUCUGACGGUGGCGGUGUACGGUACAGCAGAAAGGUCACAUGGUCACGACCGGGACUCUCCCCCACCUCCCCCUCCCCCACCCCCACAACAACAGACUGGCCUCAACAGGAUCAUCAAACAAGAGUGGGAUAAGGAGGAGCAGUAUAAUGUCAGUCCCCCCAGACCAGCUCCCAGAGGCCCCCGCACCCCUCCUGGACCGCCCCCACCAGAUGAUGAUGAUGAGGAGCCGGUUCCAGUGACCGUUGGAGUGGCCAAGGCGGAGCCGACUGAAAGAGGGGAGGACUACCUGGAGGCGGUCUCACCUGAGCGCAGCUCACUGCCUGCCGACGACCCCUACUCAGACGCCGAGCCUGAGGAAGAGGGGGAGGAGGAAGAGGAUGAAGAGCCGGAAGAAGAGGACGAUGCACGGACAGAGUGUAGCGCCCCUGAGGAUGAGGAGGAGGAAGAGGAUGAGGGUGAGGAGGAGGAAGAGAUGGAGGAAGGUGAUGGUUAUGAGGAGAUCAGUAGUGAUGAGGAUGACUUGGACAAUGGGAGUUUUAAGCUGCCCAGUUUUGACAUUGACUACACCCCUGAAGACCUGGCCUCUGUGCCCCCAGUCCAGUACGACCCCUACGAAAGAGAGCUACGCCCACUGCUCUACUUCACCCCUCCCUACAAGACCCGCUUCGACUCCCAGCUGGAGAGGGCUAGGGGGGCUGUGUGUGUUGGUCCAGAGGGGCCUGGAGGUGGAGAAGGGGCAGAGGCUGAGGUUGUUGCCCAGAUGAGAGAGCUCCUGGCUGGGAUAGGAGAGGACCGUGACUCCCGCUGGGUCACGGCCCUAGAGCAGGCAUCAGGGCUGCUCGCUAGAGGRCUGGGCUUUCUGAUUGGACASGGGGAAUGGGAGGRGCCUAUURGAGCUCUGGUCCAAUGGGCUCUYCAGGGUCUUAGUAUGGAGAUAGCUCUGACCCAACCCAUUGCUCUAAACCUCAGGCAGCUGAAAGCUGGAGCUAAGCUGGCUUCCUGCUUGGCCGAGUGCCCACAGGGCCUCACUGCGCUGCUGCACGAGGGAGCACUGGAGCUCCUACUAGAGCUGCUCCAGGUGGACCAUGUGUCGUCCACGCUGAAGCUGUGUAUCCUGAGGGCUCUGGAUGCUCUGACCAGUGCCCCCGCUGGUGUGGAGGCCUUCCUACAGGAGGGGGAGAURGAGAGGAGUGGAUACCAGCGGUUGGUGCAGCUGUUCCUGGGGGAGGAAACCGUGCGGGUGGUAACUGCGGGCAACGCCAUUCUGCAGAAAAGCCACGCCUAUGAGGUUAUGACUGAUCUGCAGAGGACAGCGGCAGCCUGGAGCGAACCUCUGCAGGAUGAGGGGGAGGAGCCUGACAUAGCCAUGGAGGAGGAGACAUCAUUAGGCCCCUCCCCUGUCAGCGAGGCUGAGCUGGAUAGGUUGGCUGGGGUUCUAGAAGAGUUACAUCACCUUCUAGAGACCGCCCCCCACACCAUGGUCCAGCCCCCUGGAAAGGCCUUCCCUACAACCGCACGCAUUACGGGUCCACAGGAGAGAGACGACCCCUACCCUACACUGUACAGGUACAUGCAUGCAUGUCACUUCCUGGAGAGCUCGGCGGUGGCGUUGUCAGCAGCAGUGGCGGCGGGGCGUACAGGUGUCACUCACGCUGUCAGGGAAGUCCUGCACUUUCUGUCUCUCACCCAAUCAGGACUGCUUUUCAUGCUGGCCCAGCCCACGCCUACCAACCUGCUGCUCCGGGGUCAGACCCCAGACCCAGUCGCCAGUCAGACCUCGGACGUCACCUCGACCGCAACCCAGUCGGAACCCAUAGACCCCUCGGAACCCCAGUUGACCGGGAAAAUACCCAGCGAACGUCGAAAAAGCCCCAGUCGACCCAGUACAGACCCAGUUCGGAACCCCAGUAAGGACCCCAGUCGGAACCCAGUUAAGACCCCAGUAAGAGACCCAGUUCGGAACCCCAGUAAGACCCAGUCGGAACCCCACAGUCCGAACCAAUUAAACCUCAGUUCGGAACCCCAUUCCCCCAGCAGGAAUUCCAGCAGGGUCUUCAUGAUGAGGGUGGCGGGUGGAGAGGAGAGGUCAGCCAGCUGGACACACACACGUCGCAGCAUGGCCAGCAGCGGAGGACAGCUAGUUCCACACACCACACCCGAGGGCGUCCGCAAACACACCCCACUGCACCCGCAGGUGCAUGCUCCACAACUUCCUGGUGUUCAACGCUACAGCCACGUCCUGGACAGAGAUCACCUGGAGGGGGACCAGCACAACACACAACUAGAAAUCGGUUUCCCUUCGUCUAGACGUCCAGAGGACGGGGCUGAACACACGACCAUGUGUAGCGUCACCAACGUGCUCGCCACACGCGUGUCCCUGAACUGGAAGGCUCCGCUGCGCAGCAGCUCUGUCAGCAUGGUCCGCAGCAGCCUUAGCGUGUUAGCGCACACGCCAAGGAUCAUACAGCGCUGUGGGGGGGUCCCAUGUGACAUCUCUCUGGUGGUGCCCCACCCAGCCGAGGGGUGUGUGUCAGAGGCCGAGCAACUGGCCAAUGCCCUGCCAGGACGGGAAAUGAUCUCAUCAGUGUGCGACUCUCUGAUGGAGGUUUUGGGGAAYGGAGAGAGCAGUGCCGCUCUGCUCCUCACCUGUCUCAGAACACUCAUGUUCCUCACAGAACAUGACUAUGGACUCUACCACCUCAAAGGGGCUCUGAAGAAGCACAGUGCCAGUGUGUGUGCUCUGUUGAAGAGACAGGUGUUCUCCUUCAGGAAAGACUCGGCUGAACUCCUCUCUGCUCUGCUGGACUUCCUACGACAGAUCCUCAACACUGACCCUCUGGGUUGCUGUGGGGAGGAGAGUGGAGGGGAAGAGUCCGGGCUGGUCCCGCCCCCAAGGUCUGUGGCUCUGACUGGCUCAGAGAUGAAGGCUCUGCUGCAGUGGGAGGAGACUGACACACACCCUCUAAACACACUAGAGAAACACAUCACGAAGCUGUGCAAGGAGGAGGAUUCAUUGGAGACCCUGUUGGAAAAUGUGAUUKGUCUACGACAGACGCUGGAGACCACUAUGGACGCAUCUUCUCCCCCUGAGACGGAGCCCACUCUACCCAACCCUGACACGCUAUUGGCCCAGUUCAACCACAGGACGGUGUUUGUGUUGUCGGAGGUGUUGGAUGAGCAGCUGAAGGCUCUGUGGUUCUCCCCCUUCCACACUGAUGACAUGGAGGCUGAACUAGACAUGGUGAAGGUGGACCUGCUAGGCCUGGCCCAGGAGUGUUGUCCAGAGUUGGACCUGAAGUCAGAGCUGGAACGCUCCUUCCUGUCUGAGCCCUUGUCUCCCAGUCAUACCAAAACUAACAAGGGCUUCAGGCUGGGCAAGCACAAACACGAGACCUUCAUCACCAGUGGUAAGUCAGACUACAUCGAGCCAGCUAAGAGAGCCCACAUGAUGGCUGCUCCUCGCGGUCGAGGUAGAGGGGGCUUCGGGGGACAGCUCUGUCGCCCCCACGACAUCUUCCGCCAGCGCAAACAGAACACUUCGCGCCCUCCCAGCAUGCAUGUGGAUGACUUUGUGGCGGCGGAGUUUAAAGACGUUGGGACUCCCCUGGGCCUGUUGCCCCCCAAGCGACCCCCUAAGAGCUCCCCCAAACCCCCCACCAGAGGCCUGUUCACUGGGAACAGAGGCAGGGCUGCCUUCCACAGCCAGCAGACACGCUUUUUCACCCCACCGCAGCC